AUGGAGAUGGAAGAAUUCACAGACGCUGUUGAGAAGGUUCGUUCAAUAGGAGCCGACAUUAGGACCCUGGAAACAGAGAGUAUGGAUGUGAUGCGUUCUCGUAAAAUGGGCGAUCACACUGAUGGAGAGGAGGAAGGGCAAAUGAGCAAGGAAGGAAAGGCUCAAAUGCCAGUCAAGCCCCGACGUCUACUCAUGAGAGAGGCUAGCUACCAGAACUCAAACAGUGUUCCACCCUACUUACUAAUGAGUAAUCAGAAUUGUUCGAGUAAGGUGAGGGAACAAACACAUAAUGACGUUGAACCCCAAUCUCAAGACUACGCAGAAGAGAUUUGA